AUGUUGCUGGAAAACUCUCCUCAAACUGCAGCAGCAGCAGCAGCAGCAGCAGCAGCAGCAGAUGCAGCAGCAGCAGCAGCAGCAGAAGCAGCAGAAGAUACAGCAGCAGCAGCAGCGGCGGCAGUAGCAGCAGCAGCGGCGGUAGUAGCAGCAGCAGAUGCAACAGAUGCAGCAGUAGUAGCAGCAGCAGAUGCAGCAGCAACAGUAGCAGCAGCAGCAGAUGCAGUAGCAGGUGCAGCAGAUGAAACGACAGCAAAUGCAACAGCAGCAGCAGCAGCAGCAGCAGCAAGUGCAGCAGCAGCAGCAGCAGCAGAUCAAACGGCAGCAGAAGAUGCAAAACAUGCAGUCGGAGAUGCAGCAGCAGCAGCACCAACACGAACAGCAGCAGCAGGAGCAGCGACACGAACAGCAGCAGCAGCAGCAACAUAUGCAGCAGCAGCAGCAGCAGCAGCAGCAACAUAUGCAGCAGCAGCAGCAGCAGCAGCAGCAGCAGCCUGA